AUGAUAGCAUCUAUUUCAAAAGAAAUUGGGAUUGGAAAGCGUACAGUGAUAACCACAAUAAGUGAGUACAAAAAUACAGGACAGUUGAAGUCGCCAUGUAAAACAAAAAUCCGCCCCAAAAUCAAUGACAAAAUUGACGAUUUUGACAAAAACGCAAUUCGUCAAAAAAUUCAUGGAUUUUGGUUUAGAGGUGAAAUCCCAACUUUAAGGAAAAUUGUCAAUGCUAUUGAUGAGGAUCCAGAUAUUCCGAGUUUACCUAGAACCUCUUUACAGCGGAUAUUGAAAGAGUUAAAUUUUGAAUAUACAAAAAGGAAUCGGAAUAGUGCGCUUACGGAAAGAGGAGAUCUCGUUGUUUGGCGACAAAAAUAUAUUGAGGACAUAAGGCAAUAUCGGAGUGAAGGUCGUACAAUAUAUUUCCUUGAUGAAACGUGGGUAAACGCAGGGGAAUGUAGCAGUAGAGUAUGGAUUGACACUUCGGUAAAAUCUCAUAGGGAUGCAUUCCUGAAAGGACUAUCUACAGGCCCCAAAAAUCCAUCAGGUAAAGGCAAACGUCUAAUAGUUGUCCAUAUUGGUUCAGCAGAUGGUUUCGUCGAAAGGGGUCUAUUGUGUUUUGAGUCGAAAAAAAACACAGCAGACUACCACGACGAAAUGAAUUGCGACACGUUUUACGAAUGGUUUUGUGGAGUUCUGCCUCGAUUAAAGGAAAAUUCAAUAAUAGUUAUGGACAACGCAUCGUACCAUUCUGUCAAAAAAGACCCGGUUCCCACAGUGGCUUGGAAAAAAGAAGACAUAAUAAAUUGGUUGAAGUCUAAAGGUCGAUUCGCACUAUACGGAACGUCGACGUCACGUCACAGACCGGCAACGUCACGUCAAAAAUAG